AUGUUUUGGGAUUCUCUACCCGUAGAGAUUCAAACUCAUAUCCUAGAAGCCCUUGUUCUUCAUGAAGAUUCCGCUCGUUACGCUUCAAUCUGUCGAGCAUGGCAAACAAUCAUCGAGCCAAGGAUUUUCGCUUGCCUUAAAGUCACGCGAUCACGUCUUGCUGGCUUCAGCGACAUUGGCUACCGCCAUCGGCAUUUGGUGAAGUCUAUAUGGUUUUCCAUAGAGCCCUCUGAGUACCAUUGCCCGCGUUGCGGAGGCGUGGGGAUUUAUAAUUGGCAUCAAGUUCCUUCCAAAACUAUCAGGAAGGCGAUCCAGGAUCUUGUUAUCCAGUUGAGUACAUGGGAACCAAGCGGCAGCUUGUUACUUGAUAUCAGCGUCAAGGCUCCAAGCGCCUUGAUGCAUUCUUCCAGUACCAUCCAAUAUGGACCUGGUGUUAUUUCAGAGCCGAAAAAGGCCAAAAUCAUUCAAUGCUCACAUUGGCUCCACGAUACAAGUAACCAGGGUGCGGCUGCGUAUUUAUUCAAUAAAACCACCGACGUUAGCAAGCCCGAGCCCAAACCCAGCCAAGAAAUGCCAAAGGCUAGAGCUGUCACAAGCCUCCUCCUGCGCCGACAAAAUCGCCGUCCUUGGAAGUCAGAAGUACUCGAAGAGCUUCUAGACCUUCUUCCUGAGGUCCACGAAAUCCAUUACGAACCUUGGAGAGACUGGCGUCGAAUGGAGGAACGACCCACCAAUACAGCUACAAUGCGGCUAUGCGAGUCACUUAGAUCUGAUCAAUUGAGGCGAAUGGUGAUAUUCGAGAACUUUCAUGGCAAUAACCCAGCCAUGUCCUUAGCAGUACAAGCCGCAGAGAUUGACACCGGUUACGCCCUUGUCGAAGCCAGUCUCGGGCUUGAGCAUCUCGCAGCAUCGUUCGUUUCAGAUGCUUCACAUUUCUUUGAUGCAUGUCAGAAAUGGAACAUUUGGCCCAGGCUGGAAUCGCUCGCUCUGACCUCGAACGUUCUAAAAUCUCAACAGCAGUCUGUCUAUAUCAACGAUCUUCUUGAAACGGUUGCGCUAGUAGCCAUGAAGAUGCCACGGCUAAAAUCGAUGGAGCUCUGGAAUGGCAGGGCUGGGUUUGCGGGUGUUUUCCAAUACCAAAUAUUUGAAAGUGACCGGACUGCUAAGAUUACUUGGCGAGGUACUUGGGAUCUACCACUAGAGCCUCGUGUUCUGCAAGCAUGGCAAGCUGUGGCAUCCGAGCGGGUGGACUGCAAGCUUCAGGUCGUUACAGAGAUAUUGGACGCCAAUGUCGUUAUCACAUCUCAUGGCGAUGCUAUCCGUUACCUGAGGCUUCUGAAUACAGUCGUUCAUCCCGUUUCGUUGUGGCAGAUCCAAAAGGAGACUGCUUAUUAG